UUUUUUUUUUUGUUCAAGCCUUGAUCUGGGCUUGGGGCAGCGGGCGAGAGGGAGAGAGAUGAGUCUCCGGAGCUUGCUGACGGCGGUGGCGGUGCAGGGGCUGACGGAGGCGCGGGCGAGGAUCUUCGGGCACAUACUGAAUCCGACGGGGAAGAGGUCGGCGCACAAGAUACUGAGGAAGAAGAUGAUUGGGGAGAAGGUGGCUCAGUGGUACCCCUACGACAUCAAGAACGACGACCCCCUCGUCCUCGCACGCGAAGAGAAGGAGCGGUUAGCUAAACUGGAAAUGUUGAAACGGCGAGGGAAAGGUCCACCGAAGAAGGGCCAAGGCAGGCGUGCUGUCAAGCGCAACAAAUAAAUCAAAAUCAUGUCCAGCUUUUUCCUUUUUCAUUCAUCUUUCUUGCAACAUUAUCAUGAAUCCUUUUUCCUACUAAAGUAUCAAGAAUUUGUGCAGAUUGCCAACCAUAGCAGUUAUGUUUUUUUCAGACCUUUGACAAGUUGAGGUGGAUUGAAUCCAUGUUGGAUGGCAAUUGAAACCUCAUUCACUGGCUUAUUAGCUUUAUGUUUAUGGUGUUCAAAUUGUGUUCUUUGGGUCAUUUAGCAAUUGGUGUUUUUCUUUUUGCCAUGAUGUUACCCCUUUAUUUAUUUAUUUUAGGGUUUGAUCA